GUACCCGUGAGCAACGUGCUGAAGUUCGAGCUGCUCUAAAGGUGGAGGGCUGGAUCCAUCAGUCUUUCUCCGCCCGCUUGCUCAGGAGGUUAUACUGAUGGAAGUUUCAGGCUCUUUCAACCUCGAACCAAAGCUUCACAAGGCUCUCAAAAGUUCAGGUUAUGUGAAGUCUGGGGAAAUAUUGGAUUUAAACGUUUGUUUUGCCCUGGAAACAUUUCAUCAUUGAGGCUGACAGUAGACAUCUGUAAGAUCACGAAAAUGCAUUUCAGACCAUUUUCAUUUUGACCAAUGGCCUGUUUGUUUCAUCUAGGUGGCGGACUUGUUGGAAUUUUAGCUUUGGCGCAUUAGUUUAUUUUUCAUAACCGCACCGUUGUGGAUAAUUCCUUACAUUUUAUUAAUUAGUUAUCUGGUUCAUCUUAUUAGCAUUGAGGCUCUGGAUUUCAAAAAGAAGAGUGUAUACAGCUGCUAGUCUGCGGUGUGUAUUUGGAAUGCAAUGUAAACAUUUUCAGGAGAAUUAACAUCUUUUACAUUAUCUAUUAUACUCCGAUAUGAAGUCACCCCUGAUCUCCAGCCAGUGAUUGUAAAACAUUCGACACAACGAAGUAUGCUUUUUGACCUCUUCUCAUAACUAACAUCUGUAAUACUACUCACCAUAACAUAUGUGCUUGAACGACAGCCCAUUUGACCUUUUUUAACAGUAAGUAGUAAGUAAUACCAGGUAACAUGUUGCAAUUUCACAUUUUCCCUUUUAGACUAAUACACAUUUCUACAUAUUAACAUUUCACGUAAACAGGGUGUGUCCAUGAAAUGAAUACACACAUGCGGUCAGGGAGUAAGGUGUGUGACAUACUGUGUCUGUCAGUCAGAGUGGGAGGUAAGGCAAAAUAUGAUUUACUGUGACUGUCAUCAAGGCUUCCUAUUCAGGAAGUGAGUGUGCUGAAACCUUUUCAUCAGACUCAUCAAAAUUAUCAUGAGUUUGACGAGUAAAAGGAGAAGCUGCGAGUGCGAGCUGCGAGUGUGCACGCCUGCGUCAGUCAGACCACACCCACAGGCCUCAGCGCUGUUAAAGGCUCGUCCUGGGCAGCGUGUGGUGUCUUUCGUUGCCCACACUCUGUCUCUCCUGGGAUGGGCUCAUGGCAAAGACUUUCUAAUAUCUGAAGCCGGGCAGACACUAGUUUCCAGCCAUGGGUGACUGGUCUUACCUGUCCUCUCUACUAGACAAGGUCCAGUCUCACUCCACCGUGGUGGGGAAGAUCUGGAUGAGUGUCCUCUUCCUGUUCAGGAUCUUUGUCCUGGGUGCUGCUGCGGACAAAGUCUGGGGAGACGAAGUGUCAGAGUUCUACUGUGACACUCUGGAACCAGGAUGCGAACACGCCUGCUACAACUGGAUGUUCCCAAUAUCCUACAUUCAUUACUGGGUCCUGCAGAUCACCUUUGUGUCAACACCCACACUGGUCUACCUGGGCCAUGCUGUCCACAUCAUCCACAAAGAGAAGAGGAUGAUGGAGCAGCUGCGGGACAGCACUAAUGGCACUGUACUGAAGAAGCCCAAGUAUACUGAUGACAGAGGGAAGGUGAAGAUCAAAGGCAUCCUCUUUUGCACUUACAUGACCCAGCUGCUCUUCAAGAUCUUCCUGGAGGUGGGAUUCAGUGUGGGCCAGUUCUACAUCUUUGGCCCAGUGUUCAUAGACCUCUACUUCCACUGUACUAUGUCUCCACCUUGUGCCCGUUUCAGCGGUGCCCAGUGUUACAUUUCUCGUCCCACAGAGAAGACGAUCUUCAUCUUCUUCAUGCUUGUAGUUUCAGGCAUUUCGGUUCUCCUCAACAUCCUAGAGAUAAUCUACCUGCUCUGUAACAAGAGGAGAGCCGCCAGGAAACAGCUUCUAGCUCAGCAGCGUGUGCUCACUUCACAGCAGUGCCCAUCCAUCCCAGCUUGGGGGGCCAGGAGCAGCCAGUAUGGAGACUUCCCACUGUUGCCUCUGCCUGCUCAGGGUCUGACAGGCCUCUGCACUGAUGACAUACACAUCGACUCUGUCAGUAAAGAGAAGGACAACUGAUACAUGAAUUACACAUGGCAGUUUUGGAUGUUUGCUCUUGUUAUUAUUUUAAGUUACUCUUAAGUAGUUCAGAGUUUUUUUACCUUUUAUAUGGGCAAUAGCUGGAUUGUGUGAAAGAUUCUUUACUGUGUUUUUCUGUAAAAGCUCAGUGAAUGAAGGAAUAAAAAAACCUUCUGUCCUCUGAUUGGUCAAUAACACCAGCUCCACUGUGUCAGACAUGCUGAUUGAAGGCUAUGCAGUUCCAAUGAUGGACUGGACUAACACAAAUUCAGUCAUUCUUCAUUGAAGGCAGUCUGUCUAUCAUAUAUUAUGUGUGCCUUAUUUGUAAUAUGUCUUAUUUGAUUGGCUGCAGUGCUAAUAUGUCUUUGGUUGUGAAGCGAAUCCUGGUUUGUACUGGCCCUCGCUGAGAACGUUAGCGCACACAUAGGGGUCGGCCCUAUGUGUGUAUGUGUGUUCCCGCCGCAUCAGAGCCGGCCCUUCCAUAACGCGCUGUUGGAGCGGGCAUCAUAAGCAGCUAGCAUGCGUAAAAUAAAACAGAUAUGGUUGUAUUUUAUGUUUUGGAUCUGUGACCUUGUUUUCAUUGCUACAGAAAAUAAAUACUAAUCAUCUUGGUUUCAGAGAAA